AUGGAAGGAAGAGGAAAGAAGAAAUCUUUAUUUGGAAAAAUAAAGCGAAUAUGUUCAAAAAAAGGUGGAAAAAAGAAAGAGAGAACAUGGGACGAGAUAGAGCAAAGGUGGGAUGAGAUGGAGCAUGAGAUGAACGAGAUGGAGCAAGAGCUGAAUGAGAUGGAACAAUCUUCAGAGCAAUCUUCGGAGAAAUCUUCAAAGCAUAUAGAGGAGGAAGAGGAGGAGAAGGAGGUAGAACCAAUACCUUCAUCUAACUCUACACAACAUUAUUAUUAUCCUCCACAAACUCAACAAGCAACUCAAGGAAAUACACAACCGUGGUACCCUUCAUACUCUUCACAAUAUAGUGGGAACCAUUCACACUUUAGUGAUGGAAAUACACAACCAUGGUACCCUUCACACUCUUCCCAAUAUAGUGGGAACCCUUCACAAUAUAGUGAUGGAAAUACACAACCAUGGAACCCCUCAUACUCCUCACAAUAUUAUGGGAACCCUUCAUACUCUUCACAAUAUAGUGAUGGAAAUACACAACCAUGGAACCCUUCAUACUCCAGUUCACUUGAUGGAAAUGCACAACAUGGAUAUACAGAGAACACCUCGUCAUAUUCUUCACACUUCAGCGGUGGAGAUACACAACCAAGUAACUCUUCCUAUUCUUCAGAGUAUCCUCAACCAAACUAUUAUCCUAAUAAUCGACAAAACAUCCAAGGGGAGAAUGAGUACGUUAGUGAUGAAAACACAGAAUGGUGUUCUAUGAUGUAA